AUGAAUCAUCUUCCACAGGCCUGGGGGCGUCCUAGAGACGAUGUUUAUGGUGCAUAUGAUGCCUCAUACCUUCAAAGCAAUGGCCCAAGCCAACACACGCAAACUCCUGUCGUCACCGGUACCUCAGUUCUAGCCAUAAAGUUCAAGGAUGGUGUUGUCAUUGCCGCAGAUAAUCUUGCUUCGUACGGUUCCCUUGCUCGAUUUAGCGAUGUAAAGCGCCUGCGUAUAUUCGCGGAGACUACCGUGGUUGGCUUCGGCGGCGAUGUUUCAGACAUGCAAUAUCUAGACCGACUUCUCACCUCCCUGGACACUGAAGAAGCUUACGGUACCGCUGGACACACUUUGAAUGCAAAAAACCUUCACACAUACCUUACCAAAGUCUUCUACAAGCGCCGAUCCGACUUCAACCCGUUGUGGAAUCAAGUUCUGGUUGCCGGUAUGGAUGGAGAAGGCAAGCCUUUCCUGGCAAGCACCGAUUUGCUGGGUACUGCAUUCAGCUCGCCAAGUUUGGCAACAGGUUAUGGUGCGCAUCUGGCUCAACCACUUAUGAGAAAGAUCGCACCGGAUGAAGACGCUGCAUCAAAAUUAUCCAAGGAGCAGGCAGUAGAGGCAGUCAAGGAGAGCAUGAAGGUGUUGUAUUACAGAGAUGCGAGAAGUUUGGACAAAUACUCUAUCGCGGUGGUCACGAAGGAUGGUAUUGAGCUGAAAGAGAAUGAGAAACUAGAGAACCAGAGUUGGGCGUUUGCGGAUCAAAUCCGGGGGUAUGGAACGCAGGUCAACUGA